ACGUAUCCAUCAGGAUUUACUAUACUUUCAAGAUGGUCUCCAGUUAACGAACGAAGUACAUUAAUGGCUAUUUGCAUAAGUGGAGAUUUAGUUGGUUCCAUAAUUCCCAUGAUACUGUCUGGUUACUUGUGCGAAUAUGGUUUCUCGGGUGGUUGGCCUUCAGCAUUCUACGUUUUUGGUAAUUAAUCUAUUCUAUAGAGUUAAUUAUUGUUCACCAAUGUUAAACAAUUACAUUUAUUAUAUUUCAGGUAUUUAUGGAUGUGUUUUGUCUCUCGGUUUGUUAUUUUUUGUAUAUGAUUAUCCGGAAGAAUUUUCAGGCAUUACUCAAAAAGAGAUUCUUCAUAUACGACAAAACUCGAAUAUUAAUUCUUAUAAUAUAAAGAAAAUUCCUUGGAAGAGUAUUUUAACAUCUGUUCCAGUAUGGGCGACAUGCAUUGUAAAAUUGUUCUUUUGUUGGGGUUUUUUUACUUUUCUAUCAAAAUUACCAUCGUAUCUCGAGAAUGUCCUACAUUUCCCAAUACAGCAGAAUGGCUUAAUAAACGCAUUCAUGCAUACAGCAAAUACGUUUGGCCUCAUUAUAUCUGGUUACUUAUCAGAUUUAUUUAUUAAGCGUAAAUAUUUCAGCGCAACAAACGUCAGAAAAGGCUUCGAGACACUUUCUAUUAUAGGAACCAGUGUAUGCAUGAUAUGCAUUCCUCUGGUUGGAUGUGAUUCAACAAACGUCAUAAUAAUACUUAUCAUGACAACUGGCUUCAUGGGUUUUGUUGGUGGCGGUGACAUCCCAAUUAUUCUGAAUAUGGCACCUAAAUAUACAGGGCCUUUGUACGGAUUGACUAACGGAAUGGCAACAAUUUCUGGCUUCUUAUCGCCGUAUAUAGCUGGGCUGUUCCUAGAUAAAAAUCAAGGAAGCAUGGUGCAAUGGAGUUACGUCUACUAUCUCUCGGCGGGAUUUUGUUUAUUGGGGUUGGUCAUCUUCCUGGUUUUUGGCUCAGCCGAAUUGCAACCUUGGGCUGAUAACGAUUCGGACGAAGCAGAAGUAGAGGAAAAAGUUGUCUCCGUAUCAAAAUAG